AUGGAGCGAAGGGAAUCCAUUUCCAGUUAUGGGGACAAAGAAGAAAGGUUAAUGGGACAAAUAAAUACCAACCUUAAUAAACUAGAAAAAAUACAGGAAGAAGGGAAUGAUAUUAUUACCGAGAUUAAUGCUUUACACGAAAAACAAAGUAGCACUUUAACCAAGGAAACAACGGAAAAAUUACGAGAACUUUAUAAAAAAGGAAUUGAACAAGCAAACCGUGAAGAUAGAAUUUGUAAGACAAUAGUGGAGGAUAUUGAUAAUUUGACGGCAUUAGGAUCACAUUCUGCAAAAGACUAUCAAACUCCACAAUUGGCAGACGAUAGCAACAGCAAACGCAAAAGACGUGAAGAAUCUGUUGUUAGUGGUAGUUCUAAAAUCAAGAAACAUAAGAAUGGUGGCAACAUAAUCAAAAAUGGAAGUAAUGUCGCGGCAAAACAGCCCAAAUUUAAAGACAUUGAAGAAAAUUGGAUUUUGGCAACUGUUGUCAGUUACAAACCAGAAUCAAAAAAUUAUGAAGUUGAAGACGCUGAUAGAGACGAAGCAUCAAAUCGUCCUGGAGAACGAUUUUUUGUUCCAGCUAAAAAUGUUAUGGUGAUUCCAAAUCCUUCUGAUAUUCGUCCAUCACAAGAGUUUGCACCUAGUACAACAGUACUUGCUUUAUAUCCCAGUACAACGUGUUUUUACAAAGCAUCAGUCGUAUUACCACCAACUAAACUAUCAUCACAAUCUCACCAGCGAGCUUAUUUAUUAACCUUUGAAGAUGAUGAUAAUGCACAAAGAUAUGUAGAAAUGCAAUAUGUUCUUGAAAAACCGCCAGAUAUGAAAUGA